CUCGACUCUAUACGAAAAAAGCCUGUCAUUGCCGGACUAUCCAAGGGAACAAACAAGCCAUUCAUCGCGUCGACAGACGUGAUCGGCUGCAUCAACUUUGCCAAGGAUUUCGUCGUUUCAGGAACGGCGACUGACAAGUUGUUUGGUAUGGCGGAGAGCCUGUGGGAACCCGAUCUGGAGCCUGAAGAUCUGUUUGAGACCAUUUCGCAGACGUUGAUGAACGCGGUAGACCGAGACGCCUUUUCAGGUUGGGGAGCUAUCGUCCAUGUCAUCACUCCGGAGAAGGUGAUCACACGACGGCUAAAGGCAAGGAUGGAUUAG